UUUAUAAUGAGCACACUACAUGAAUAUUUCCUGAAAAUCUAUACUAUUUUUAAUAGAAAUCAAAUUUGAAGUUUGAAUUUUUAGAACCGCGCCAAAAACGCUAUUCCUGUGAUGGCGCCGGCAGAUGACGUCUGUGACGUCACACGCCAGUAAACACGAUCACGAGCUGUCAGCCGAAGUUAAUUUCAUUAUUGUGCUUGAUUUUGCUAUAAAAUCAUAGAUAAAAUGGUCUAUAAAUGGUGUGUAGUGCCAAAAUGUACGAAUACGUGUAUAAAUAGUCCACAAACAUUGUUUGUUUCUGUUCCAACCGAUUGUAAAAGACGAAAAAAGUGGUUACUAUUAGCUCGGAGAGACCCAAAGGGCAUUUCAUCGACUUCAAAUGUAUUUAUGUGUGAAGAUCACUUCGAUAUGGAAAAAGACACCAUUAACUACAUGCAGUACAAAAUGGGUUUCAGCAAGAAGAUACUUUUGACAGAAGAUGCUGUGCCAACAAAAUUUCAUUGUCAAGAAGAUCGUAAAAGACCACUGUCUGAUGCUGGACUUUCUCGAGGAGCAUAUGUCAAGAGGAAAAGAAUAGAUUUGGUCAACACAUGUUUGCAAAGUUAAAAUGAUACUGAAGCCCAAGCUGAAAGCUUACAAAAAGAUGAGAGUUUGAUACAAGACAUUAUUGAACCUCAAGGUUUAUCAAGAACUCAAGACAGAGAAACUAUUACCAACUCUAUCAUAACUGCAGAAAAAUCUGUGCAAGUAACAAUAAAAGAGAAUGUGCAUCAUAGGAGCAAAUCUGUGCAAACAAGAUCCCAGACUACAAGUAUUUCUACCUCACCAAUGAAAGUUUCUACAACAUCUCGUUCCACUUCGCCCUUUAAGACUAAACCAUGCAGUCUUCGACCAUCACAGUCUGAAAUUGUCAAAGCAGUCAAGAGAAUGUUUUUCUUGAAGAUGAAAAGUCAGAUAGUUAUAUUUCCUGUAUUGAAAGUGGUCGUCAUUUAUCACCUUUUGUAACUAAAUCAGCAUCAUCAUCAUCAGGGCUUACCGACUCUGAUAGUAAUGUUACAGAUGCCAAUGAGAAUAUUGAAAAAUAAGAGUGCCUCAAAAUUACUAUGCGUUCAAUCUCUAAAAAACCAAUGAUGUAUAUUGGUAUUCCAAAAGAAUGUUAUUUCUUAAUCAAAUUGUUACAUAAACACACAAGCAUAAAAGUAGAACACAUUUUGCUAUGCUUGAAAAAGAUUAGAAUGAACAGUACAUUUUCUGAACUGGAGGAUAAUUUUGGAAUAUCAUUAUCUUAUGCUGGUAAAUUGUUUCU